ACAGUAUUAGAGUAAUAGUGAAUGCAAUGGUAAUUAUACUGUUCAUGUAAGUCUAGUACUGUAUGUCUAUUACUGUACGGAAAAUCAAAUGCCAUUUGAAUUGACAGUAAAAAUGCCGGAAUUCAUAUCUGUUUGAUCCAUUGGUUUGAUUUGGUUUAAUUGGACACAAAUGAUGAGUUGAUAUGAAAAUGGAUGAGACAUUUGAAACAUUGAAGACGAGAGUAGUAAAUGUUUGACACUUUGGUUAAGUGUUUGGAUUUGAAGUGAUUUGAACCGUAUUUGAAGCACAAUUCCCAGUCGAAGAUUAUCUCAAGUGAUGGCCAGUCGUAAGAACAAUGGAUACAACAAACCACACCAUCCGAGAAGACAUCAGUCGAGCGAUCAGAACAAUAGGAGACGUCUUUCGAAACAAGAAGAGAUCGAUUUGACUCUCGAAGCCAUUGAUCUGAAGGAGGAGACCAUCAACUGUAACGACAAAUGCAAGAAUUGGAACAAUUGUGAGGCGAGUGUCGCGCCAACCAUUCAGGUGAAUGCCGUCGAAGACAAGUGCGAUCACAAACUCACGGCCGAAAAGGAAACCAAUGACUUAAAGGACGGAUUGGAUGAGAACUGCACCCAAACUAUGCAUACAAUGAAUUCAGAUUCCGGACAAUCACUGAAUGGCAGACAAACGGAUACUCUUCUCACUGAAGAUACUAAAGAGAAAAAGAGAGGCAAACACUUAGCCCGGGCUGAAGCCGUUCGCGAUACCAGUGCUUCCCCUCCGCCCACUGGCUCUGACUGUGAGGACAAGAGUUCUCAUAUGUUGGCCGUCGUGUCUUCAAACUCUCAGUCACAAAUAGGUUCACAAAUGAAUUCUCAAAACUAUAAGAAUAAAAUGAAAGCUCAGGGAAGUUCUGGAAGUGUUGACAGAAGUUCUCCGUGUCUUUCAAGAGACUCGAGUACAGAGAACUCGGCAGACAUGACGGGAACAGAUGUCCAGCAGUUUCUCGUCGAUACUCUCCAGAAGAAUAAGAAGGACAGAGUAUUCUUACUUAAGAUCGAACAAGAAUUGAAUGCUUUAGUCAAGGAUUCAAAGCAAACGGGAUAUAAGUUCUCGCAAAUGACUUCAUACAACCGAAUGCUUGUCCACAGAGUGGCCGCACUCUUCGGUUUCGAGCAUAACGUGGAUAUUCUGGGAACAGCUGUUGUGGUCAACAAGUGUAAGAGCACUCGAAUCCCUGAUUUGAAGUUUAAAGACUACAUCAAAGAGGACUCUCUUCACGAGCCAAAGAAAUCUAUUCUUAAACGCGAUUCCGCUUCUCUUGAAGACGGCAGCAAUGGUUCGAAUGUGAGCUUUGAUGGCAAAGAGAAGAGUCCCGACAGACAGACGGGUAGUCUCUGCGACGGAACGAGGAAUAAGUCAUUUGAAGAGCGAGAGGAGCGGUACGAGAAGGCGAGGGCGCGGAUCUUCAAUCAGGAGUCCUCGUCGUCUAAUGAGGGCAACGACGCCAACAAUCAUCUGAUGGCAGACAAUAGCGACUCAAACGUGUCUUCAAAUCCAUUGUCGGAGAAAACUUCUAGUCCUCGAAGCAGUCAAUCAGCCGAAGACUUGGCGACGAAAGCAAAUAAUUUGUUGAACAACGAGGCGCGCGCCUGGAGUAGCACUGACUCUGACAGCUCUGGUCGGCCGCCGAAGAAUGAUUGCAAACCAAUACCACAAUCAGUUGAACCCAAUUCUAACGCUUGUGAUGCAGACACGGCCUCCAAGUCUACCCCUUCUCCAAAAGUAAGUCUUUUGACUCCUGACGGACAGACCGGACAGACGUCUGAUAAAAACAAAGCUAGUAAUCAGUCGAAGAGCAGACCCGCUGUAACCAAAGCCAGUAGUUUUGGCGGAAUCUCACGUCAUGUUGACAACAGUCACAACAGCAUCACUACAACACAUCUCCCAAAAUCUGGUUCUUUUAACGCCACACCAAAUGCUAACCAACCCAUGAAUGCCACCAAUAAUGUCAACACUAACCGCGCGAAUACACCAAAGAAUAGGACAGAAAAUGCUCACAAAACGCAAAACAACAGCUCGUCUGCGAACCACCACUCGGAGCACAGGUAUGGCUCCUCUCAGCAGCCGUCACACCACUCUUCAAGCACUAGUCAUCACAAUCGACACAAUCAAUGGCACCAUAACUCACAUCACAACCGAAACAACAACAGAAUGGCAUCUAUGGGUAGUGGUGUCGGAUGGCCUCAUAUGAUGAACCAGAAUUACCCACACUUUCUACUACAGCAACAAAAUGACCCAAAUACAAACCAAAUGAAAGAAACACAAUAUCUUCAGUCCGGACAACAAGUAUUUUUAUCAUCGAUUGCUAACUAUGGACAGCAAACCAUGAAUAACGAACCGCAACACCAUUUGACACAACAGCCGAUUCGUCUUCUUUACCCGAAUCCAAACGCAUCGCAAAUGCAAUCAAACAUCUCAUCGUUUGGUCCUCUACUCAACGGUUCACUUCCACACCAAUCCGUUGCCAACCAAAUGAAUUCAAUCCCUUUUCCACUGCAAUCGUCUGCAAACGGAAUGAAUUUCUCUGGGAAUCAAUCAAAUCUUCAAAACAAUACAUUGAUUUCGCCUCCGAUUAACCCGUUUGGGACAUCACUUCAGGUUCCCCAAAACAUGGCAAAUAUGGGAAACGUUUGGAUCAUUGGUAACGGACUUCACCCGCAGUCUACUUCACCGAUGAUAGCGUGUCCACCGCCUGCUAAUACUCCUCCAAGUGCUUCGAUUGGUUCAAACAUCGCCCCCUUCGUGGGCAUGUCGUACCAACACUAUCGGCCGCCAAUCAAUUCAAAUGUGGCGAUGAAUCCGAAUUUGGGUCUAAACGCAGCUCAGACCAGAGCACCCCCUCCUCUGCUCAAAAACCAUCCAAUUAUGUCCACUCAAUCUAAUCCUCACCGCAUUGUCCCAUCCAAUGGUAAUCAAUACGUUCAGCAAUCAAUGCCCGAUAUGUUAGACUUGAAUGGCAUAAUGGGUGCCAAUAAUUAUGUCAAUCGCGGUCCAGUCGUCCCACAAGUGAAUCAUAUGAGACGACUGCCCGUUAAUCCAAACCAAGGCCUUGACGUACGACUAGUUGGACAGCAAACGUCGCCUCCUUUUCUACUUCCAACGCCUCAAAGACCAUACUUUCCAGUGCCGAACGCCAUGCCUGUCAGUCACCGGCAGUCAUACGAAAACAAUUCAAAUAAUGUGAACCAACAACGGCUCAAAAGUUCAUAUAAAAACAAAUCCAAUAGAUAUUCAAAUAGUAAGAAUAUAUUAGUGGGUAAUAGUAACACAAACGCCCACUACUCUAACACUUAGCGAUUGUGAACUCUUAGGACAAAAUUAUAGAUUCAAUUGAAAUCCCAUCGAUUCCUCCGAAAUGCAACCAAACCUUUUAUUACACAAUCGAAAUGUUUUGUACAGAAUAUGAAUAAAAAUAUAAACAAAUCGUUAAUUAUUGAACCGAUAAAUUUUAUAUUUAGUAUAAUGUUCACGUAUUAUUAUACAGUUGUCAAACUUACACCGAUCACUUGCGAACUUCUAGAGCC